ACAGAUUUAUCUAAUUUCAGUGGAUUUUAAUAUCUUUUAAUAAUUGUGGUGGCAUUUUGUUCCAUCAGAUUUUGCUCAUUGAAAAUAAUGACAGUUGAGUAUAAUGAGCUUGAUGGCCUAUCAAGGCCAACAUCUAGCCGGAAGCGCCACUCAGGCUGCGGCCUGGCAGUGGUGACACUCAUAUUGUUUGUGGUGACUGGAAUUUCUGCUCUUGUUGUGUGGAAGGUUUGCUUCCCAUCAGGCGGAUUUGGUGGAGUAUUUGUUGAUAAUGGAGCCCUGGCUCACCAUUAUCCACCACCACCUCCCCAUACAGAGUACGCAGCUGUUGCAAGAUACAUCAUCCACAUCUCAGACUGGGCAACACUGGCCACCAUAUCAACACAUGCCAAUAUUACUGGCUAUCCAUUUGCCAACGUCUUCAGCAUCAGUGAUGGCAUCACCUCCAAUUCAACAGGCAACCCUUACUUCUACCUAACUGACCUGGAGCUCAGCGUUCAUGACCUCAAGGCUGAUCCCCGCGCGUCGCUGACGGCGUCACUGGCGCAGUCGAGCUACUGCAGACAGCGUCGCUUAGACCCUCAGGACCCCGUGUGCGCUCACGUCAUUCUCACCGGCGAGAUCGUCAAGAUCAAAAACGGCACUGCGGAGGCUGCGGCUGCCCAGCAAGCUCUGUUCUCCCGUCAUCCUGAGAUGCAAGACUGGCCUCAAGAUCACGGCUGGUUUGUGGCGCGUCUAGCCAUACGUCACAUUUACUUACUGGAUUAUUUUGGCGGGGCGAAGGUGAUCGACCCUCAGGAUUACUAUGCUGCGCAACCCUUCUAAGGGAUAGUCUGAAAAUCCCCUCUUCUGUCAUCAGUUAUUGUAGGCUGUUGUUCAGAGGCAAUAUUUUCUAGCCUUACCUGACUUCAUCACCUUGAACCUGUUUCUAUUUCAUCGUCAACACUUUCUAUUUGUGGAUGUUGCAGUAAUCAUGUUUUUUAGGUCGUUAAUAUAUUUUAAGAUGGUUAUUUUACACGGUACUGACGAAACGAUCGUGUUACUGUCGGAUGUCACAAAUAGUUUGUCAUUAACCGUAGCGAACAAACGGUCUUGUAAUGAGGAUUCUAACGGUGAUAUUUAGUCUAUCUAACCUUCUAGUCAAUCAACGCAAACUGAAAGCUUUUUCUGAUGGAUCCUAAUUUUAAUGGCGAUGGAUACAGUGGCCUGAUACCGUAAGGAUACGUUAAAAGUUUUAAUUCUUUGAAUCAUGAUGUAAUGAGAAUAAGUAGGAUCUGUACCCGUUUCCUGCAAAUCACUAAAUUGCUGGAAGCAUGGACGAUUCACAUUUCUGAUAAUACAUCAAAUCAUUGCUAUCGGCAAGUUUCACUACCGAAAGUCAACUGAAUUUCUUAUAUUUCAUAUCUUCUGCCGAUGGCGGGUCGCAUAUCCUCGUCCAUAUCGCCGAAGUACGAGAUUACCAGUGAAGAAAUCUCCUGUAAUGUUUUCACCAAAGUUUAAGUUGACGCCUGCAUCAAAAUGGUGUAUAAUCUCAUAUAUACUUUCCUCAAUUUGAGGAGAUGUGAUUAUUUUAAUUAGCUUUGUAAGAAAGGUACAUACAUAGAAAUAUUCGAGCAUAAUGUGGGAUAUUAACAUUUAUACUCUUCUAUAAUAAAUAUGAGUUUUAAA